ACCUUCCUGGCAACACUACUACCCUUCAUCCUCCACAUCCACCAGGACUACCUAGCCUUUCUGGCAUUAGGCCCUGGCGGCACGCCUCCAACCUUCACCGGCUACUUGAAAGUGACGAUACUUAGCUUCUUCGCGCUCAAAAACCCCUACCAACCAGGCCCGACACCGGAACGAUUCGCCGGAUGUCCGGGCAAUCUUGUCGCGCUCCCGCAACGAUCAGGCCCAAGACCGUGUACGAGAGGCAUUGCUCCACAGCGACAGAUCACGCAAAAGGCGAGCGAGGCGGUGUACGAACGCCUUGCGGCCGGUAUCGAGAAGCUUUCCAACCCGAAACUCGUCGUUGGUACAUCAUGCUUCGAAAAGUACUCGACAGGCCUCUUCUCCGUCUCACCUGCUAAGCGCACGUGCAAAGGCGAAGUCUGCCACUCGCAUCCUUCGGACGGGUCGAUGCAUCUGACGCUGCAUCCGGCCGAUGCCAGCAUAGUGCUGAAAGCGGGCUGGGGGGAGCGUCAUCCGCUUGCGAGAGGAGGGUGGUUCGAGCAGUUCGUGCCUGCCGGUUUCGUCAUGAUAUACGCGCCGCGAGACGAGAAGGAGGUUGAGGUGGUGCUGAGCAUCGUGAAGGCUGCUGCGUGGUUUGUCGGUGGCGGGGAU